UGCUUAAGUGGCUGGUAGUGGCUGGUACUGUGGCUGCCUGUCUGGACGUGCCAGUGGCACCUACAGCCUGAGGCCGGUGGAUUAUUACACCAUAUGCCAGAUAGGUACAACUUCUAGGUACCAGUGUAUCAUUUACGGGUUUCAUACACGGUCACCCUCGUACUCCGCAACAACGAUUGCUGCCUCGAUCGACUUCAGUCCUCCCUCAAUACCUACCUUGUGAGGGUCUGCCUAUGGUCAUCUCUAGUCGAUCCAGCUUAUUCCCCUGCCAGUGCUGAACAGCUGGCCACAACAAAGCGUCAUCAACCCUCCCUCGCCUCAUCCGAUAGCCUGCCUGCGCCUGUGGAACAGAGACAAAGCAAACCAACCAUGGCUGGAUGGUUUUCGUCUGGGACGUCUGCUCUCGACGAGCAGAUCGAGAAAGCUACUUCGUCUAGCUUAGAAGAUAUCGCAACCAGCCUUGAAAUCUCCGACCUCAUCAGGUCCAAAACAGUGCAGCCUAAAGAUGCCAUGCGCUCGUUGAAGAAGCGGAUAGGCCACAAGAAUCCCAACGUACAACUAUCCGCUCUGCGGCUUACAGAUACAUGCGUCAAGAAUGGCGGAUCCCAUUUCCUCACCGAGAUCGCCUCCCGCGAGUUCAUGGAUAAUCUGGUUUCUUUGUUAAAAGCAUACGGGCCGGCAGCCGUCAAUGAAGAGGUCAAGCAGAGAAUACUGGAGCUGAUUCAAAGCUGGGCCAGCGCCACGCAGGGCCGACAAGACUUGUCAUACAUCAACGAAGUGUACAAGAGCCUGCAGAGAGAAGGCUUUCGGUUUCCGCCCAAGGUCGAGAUCGCCAGCACCAUGUUGGACAGCAGUGCACCGCCGGAGUGGACCGACAGCGACGUCUGCAUGCGAUGCCGAACUGCUUUUACCUUCACCAACAGGAAGCACCACUGCAGGAACUGCGGCAACGUCUUUGACCAACAGUGCUCUUCCAAGUCCAUUCCGCUUCCGCAUCUGGGGAUCAUGCAACCCGUUCGAGUCGACGAUGGAUGUUACGAUAAAUUGACCAAGAAGUCUGGUGGUUCGGAGCGUCGAGUUUCCUUUGCUCCCAGACCGACGACGAUGCAGCCGAGAAGCGCAAGAGUUGAAACAAGCAGUUUCGACGAGGACCUGAAGAAAGCUCUGGAAAUGAGUCUGGAAGAGGCACAAGGCAUAACCAGUUCAGGCUUCGUUCCACAAUCUCAAACGCAAUCCAAGUCUGAGCCGGCCAAGACAAAUGGUGUGUCCAUUGAAGAAGAGGACGACCCGGAUCUGAAGGCGGCCAUUGCUCUGUCCCUGAAGGAGGCGGAAGAGCAGGCCAAAAAGCAUGCUGCGUCGAUGAAGAAGUCUGCUUCUGCUCAAGACGGCGCCAGCUCCACUCAACCCUUCAUCAUGCCGAAGAACGAUUACGAGUUGUCAGUCAUGGAGGCCGAGAACAUUCAUCUUUUUGCAACGCUGGUGGACAGAUUGCAACACCAGCCUCCGGGAACGAUCCUCCGAGAACCACAAAUCCAAGAACUUUACGAAGGCAUUGGGAAGCUUCGGCCGAAGCUGGCCAGGACCUUGGGUGAAACCAUGUCGAAGCAUGACGCACUACUAGAUCUCCAUGCCAAACUGUCCACUGUGGUGCGAUAUUACGACCGAAUGCUCGAAGAGAGACUCAACAAUACAUACAACCAGCGAAACCCGGGGUACGCCACGUAUGCCAUGGCCUCUCCUGCUUUGACGGCUCCGUCUGCGGGAGUGUAUCCGGCACUGGCACCAUCUGGUCCUCCACCGUCAAUAGCCACCGGUCAAGGGGACGUCGAGAACUUUUAUUUCAGUAAUGCCCCUGUCGAAUCGUACGCUCGGGCUCCGCAACAAGUCCCAGUGCCACAAGCGCAGCCGCAGCGAUCAUAUUCAUAUUCCAGCCAGCCCCAGGAAGCGCCCGCCUCGCCCUACCAGCAGUAUACCACACAACCACCGCCUCAGCAACAACAGCAACAGCCUCCUUCCCAAUACGGCCAGCAACCGUCUUCGCCACAAAUGUUCCAGCAUCAACCUGCUCCUCAGCAAUAUGCUGCUCCUCAAUCCUCACAGCCGCCGUCAAUGUAUCCUCAAAUUGUCCCUCCUGACCCUCAACAAACUCCCACACCAUAUUCUCAACAGGCGCAGAUUCCUACAUCUGAAGCCACUGCACCGACUCCGCAACCGCAAGCGCAGUAUCAACCACAACCAACACCGCAGCAAGCAUCCCAAUCUUAUUCUCAACAGCAACAGCCGCCGUCACAGACCCAAUCUCAGCACCAUGCUCCAGCUCAGACGUAUCUCCCUCCGAACCACCACCAGCAGCAGCAGCAAUACCCUCCUCAACCACAACAGUCUCAACAACCAGUACAACCCUCGACAUCUUCGUCUUCCUACGGUCCAUAUCCAACAACAUACACCGCGGACCAAUUCCCUUCUGCGCCACAACAUGUCCCGCAACAGCAACAACAACAACAACAGCCUGUCGCCAUGGAGGAGAGCUUGAUCGAGCUGUAGUGGGUGGCAGGUGGUAAAUGCACCACCUAUUUCAACUUACCCACUUGGAGCUCAUUUCUUGGACAUUCCUGAUCCUAUAUCACUUGGAAGAUGGGCACGUCGCCGAAAAAACCGGGUGGCCGGGGGGCCCGUAUUGGAGUCGGGAAAAGUUCUUCAGACGUGGACGUGGAAUGUCUACUUUUUUUUUUUUACCUCGCUGAUGCCGUGCAGUCUCUGCAGAUGACAGUUGCAUAGGUACUUUGGGUACCAGUAGUUCGUGGUAAAUAGCUACAGUACCUGGCUCAACCAGCAAGUAUCAUCAACAGUACGAACAGCUGAGCUGAGCUGAGCCGACUUGACUCGAUUUCCCCUAAACUUGUCGUUGUGAAGGGCCGCAUUAAGCGUCCACUUGCAGUGUUCCUGUUGGUCCCUAUCUGAUGUCUCUGUGUAGUUGGAGCAGGAGCAGGAGCAGGACAGCGCACCAUCUUCCAGCGCGGCACACCGUAGUAUCCAUUGAUUACAAGUACCCAUGAAAUGCAAAGCCAUCAGUCAGUCAUCUGUCC